AUGUCUACGCCAGCGCGACCUUACCUCUCUAAUGGCCAAGUGCUGCAAAGCCCCCCCUUGUCCGCCCGUAUUCGCAACUUUGUUGAUGAUUCCUACGCCUUCUUAGGUCUUUACGUGACUACCUUAUUCUCUCUUGAUGCCUAUGCCGCUGCCGAGCAAUCGCCCUUCAAUAUUACAAACAGAAACCGGUCAGCUGCCGGCGUGAGAGCUGGACCAAGAUCCGGCGGUAGUGGAGGUGGGGGAGGCGGAGGUGGAAAUGGUGGUAGUGGGGGUGGGGGAGGCAGGAAAGUGGGAACCGUGGACGAUAUACGGGGCCCAGAGUGCAAGAGCUGUGGUUGA